UUAUGAAGUCUGUGUAAAUGAAAUUGCCUUAACAUAUUAACCGUCAGAGUAGAAAUUAUUGACCUCAUUUCAAUUUAUAAUGUGAUGAAUUGAUUAACUGCUUAUUGCGACAGACUUACUUCUUCUACCUCUCCUCUAUUUUUAUUUCCUUCUUUUCUAUUUAUGUUUUAUCCAACAUCUAUUCCUUUCUUUUUCCCCCUUUCUUUUCCAUGUCGGUGUCCAUUGGAUUUGAAAUGAACCCAAAUCAAUUUAUAAUAAUAUAAUAUAUUAGGACUGGGCUAUAAUACAAUAACGAUGUCGAUCUCGAUAGUCACAUGAUCAAUAUUAGUAGAAAAUACAUCCGAUAGAAUGCUGAUAUGCAUCAUUUAUGUGGAGCCAAUAAAUCUGUAACAACUACACGACGCUGCCAUCAUGUCAAUAUGAAUCUAAAUCUCUUUGCCACUAAUAAUUUAGGCAAAAGAGUCAGAUACAAGCAAGGUGUUCCUAAUAAAGUGGCCAGAGCGUGUAUGUUUAAGUGUGUCACAAAGUUCCCUGGGUUGUUUGAAGGCCACUCUCAUUAGUUCCUUAAUUUACCUCCUUUUGUUGUGUAAAACCAGAUCUCGGUCUUCCCCCCCCGUCUUGCCGCCCCCCUCGCCCCACUCUUUUCUCGCCCCUUCCCUUCCUCCCAUCCAGCAGAGGGUAGUUGGCACCAGUAUAAAGCAUCAGCCUCCUCCGACGACUCGUGCCUGACUCCUUGCCAACCUGUGCGCAACUAGAAAGAGGAAUGGCAAGAGGGAGGGAAGGGGAAGAGAAAGAGAGGAUUUUUGGAAGGAAACAAACCGAGCGGUCUGGAAAUCAACCCAACGUCACCAGUUUGGCAUGCUGGGAUGGUACCUCUCCCGUGUCUCUGUGUGAGGAGGCAGCAGCGCUUGGACUUCAGUUGUGCGGACAAGCAUGCCGUUAACGGGAAUCCCACUGUGGAGCCUUUUCCAGAAGGCAUGGAAACCAUCAUGUUUGGAAUGGGCUGUUUCUGGGGAGCUGAGAAGCUGUUCUGGCGGCUUCCAGGAGUCUUCUCCACCCAGGUGGGCUUCGCCGGGGGCUUCACACCCAACCCGACCUACAAUGAAGUCUGCACAGGUCUGACGGCCCACACUGAGGUGGUGAGGGUGGUCUUCUCCCCUCAAGACAUCAGCCUGGAGGAACUCCUCAGACAGUUUUGGGAGAAUCACGAUCCUACACAAGGCAUGAAGCAGCACAAUGACAGCGGCACUCAGUAUCGGUCAGUCAUUUACUCGUCCAGCCCAGCUCAACAGGAGGCUGCACUGAAGAGCAAGGAGGCCUUCCAGAAGGAACUGGAUAAGAAAGGCUGCGGCCCAAUCACCACUGAGAUCCUGGAGGGACAGGAGUUUUUCUACGCGGAGGAUUACCACCAGCAGUACCUGAAGAAGGUCCCCAAAGGAUACUGCGGCCUUAAAGGGACCGGGGUUUCCUGUCCCAUUGGAGGCAGCAAGGAGGAGCUGUGUGGACCAGGGCACAGGUGCAGGGGCACACGGUCUCAAUCAGAGCGUCGGGGCUCCAGGAACCAGAGCACAGCGGCGUCUCUGUGCUGCCCAGAGAAGUGCAGCCUUGUCUGGGUUCCUGCAUCUGCGGCUUGGGGGCAAGCUGGGGAGAGAGGGCAAAUCCUGGUGGCCCCUGCAAGCUGGUUAAACUCCAGGUCCGAUCUGUGGGUGACGAUUCAACGUCGAGGGAGAAGAAGGAAAUAAGCGCAGCUACUGUGCAUGUAGUCAUGUGAAAGUUAAUAAAAAGGUAAUCUAAAACGGGUUUGUGUGGCGCGGCGAGCUCACACAUGUUCUCACACACAAUGGUUUUUAAUUCCACUGAGGAAAUGUGACAGAGUUUGUUCUCUGCCCCUCUGGGAUUGGAGCCGUGUUUCGGGUGGAGGGCAGCACGUGCUGCAGGGCCCAGUUGACUACUAACUGGCCCACAGGCUUUCUGGCUGACGGCCCACUCCGUGACAUGCUGCACCUGUCAGCCUGUGUGUUGUCAGCCAUGCUAGCUAGCUCAAGCUACCACCGCAUGACACACAGGAAACCCAGAAAUAACUGCUGAGUGUCUUCAGUGCAGUUACUGUGCACUGGGGGCGUGCUGCUGACAGAAAGUGGCUGAAAGAGGCUUUAAAGGAACAGGAAUACCGGCUGGGACGGCGCGGAGCGUUAGCGUUUGGGAGCAGGAAGAGAAAACUGGAAGGGAAAGUGAAACACGGAGAUGCUCAGCCUCUCUUGCACCUGUGCAUGUAGAUUUGUCUGGCCUUGAUUCAAACCGGGGGAUGAAACAUUCAUAUGGUGCGCAAAUUUGCCAACAUAUGCAGCAUCCGUUUAUCAUUUAGAUAACCGUCAUCAAAGACCAUCUCAACCAUUGACAUUUUACAACCGAGACGCUGAGGCAACAGUCAAAUUUCCAAAACAUCUUCCUCCCCAUGUUCAUCUUGAAUCUUUAUCUGCUCUGUCCAUCUGCCUCUUGAGUCAUCUCAGCCUCACCUCACACAGCUGUGCAAGUGGAGGAAAGUUUUAACGUUGCCAGCGAGCGCCGCGAUUAGAGCUCGACACAGGAAAAUGUUGUGCAAUAUUCAGGCUUUCAAGUGGUGAUGUGCUGAUGUUUCACCAUUACGUGGAAAGGAGGACAAAAACAGGACAGACGCACACACACACACACACACACGUACGUACGCAUGUUGUGUUUGCAUUGCAACAUGCACUGUUUUCUGUGUGCAUGCCAAAGCCUGCUACUUUCUGCCAACGGUGCAGAUUGAAUCUCAAGUUGAGCCAACAUGAGAUGGUGGUGUGAUACUGUCUCGCUGUGUAGGAGAGGAGCAGAUUUUUUAAAUUUUUUUUUGAAACAAGGAAAAGAAUAAUUAAACGUCAAGGAAAUGAGAAGAUGGAGGGAGUGAAAGAGAGAAACGGAGGAGAGCUGGUGCUCGCUGCACCAGGAGGAAGCUGGGUCUGAUGCCUCUCCAUGCAGCUGUUCCCAAACACCCACACUCUUCCUGUUGGAGUGUGUGUAUCUGAGCAAGAGCUAAAAAAAAUACUAUUUUGUCUGUAGUUUUGGUGUUUUACUUCCAUAUAUGGAAAGACAAACUCGUGUUGUUCAGCUUUGGGUGUCUUUUUUGUAAGUAGCCUCAUGUUUAUUGUUUUAACGUCAGAAGAGACGCAUGAGAAAAGUCAGCUUCAUUAAAAUGUUGAACUUAUGUCUGAUUCAGAUAAACAAAAGUAACAAAAAGCUAAUAAAAGGUGAUUUCAGUCGGUGGAACAAAACGUGAAGUAUCCACCAGAAAACGCGGCUUUCUCCGGCCCCCACUGAGGUCUUGUGUUUCUUCAAACAAAAGCUGGCCUCAAAAAACAUCCGCUGGUGGAAAAUUUGGCCUGUCGCUCAGUGAAUGGAAAGGUUUGAGGUGAGAGUGUGGCCACACUGAGGUGUCAGCAGGGUGUGUGAUUGUGUAUGCGUCAACUAUGUGUGUGUGUGGCAGUCUUUUUAGGUUUCGUACCCAAAGUAAUGCAAAGACGUCUUUCGUGGACCGCAUUGCUGCUGCAGCUAACCGGUGGGUGUUCUGCGUCGUUGCUCACUGACCUCGGAGAGUCACCUCCAGACGGCUCCUUCCAAAUCCUUCAGCAUGAUUUAAAUAUGAUUCACCUUUUACCAGUUUAUGGUUUCUGAGUAACAUAUGAGGAUUUGCAGUAAGUGCUAUGAGUGUUAAUAAGCCAUAAAUGUAUUAACUCUGUUGUAAAUUCCUAAUGAGCGCUUUUCGAAAUACAAAUCAUAGCAGCAGCUUGUAGGAGAGUCGUUCGUUUUGACUGACAUAAAGUCAAAGUUUUUAGCUCAGAUAAAAAUACAAUUUAUUCAAACGUGAACUUGUAGGUUGUAGAUCAGAUUAAAAGUUGAACAGAAACUAACACAUAGAUGUGAGCUGCUGCUAGUCACACGUCUGUUUAACAUGACGCUAUUAACGACCAUCUACUUCACAUCGCAGAUGUGUAUUAAUAAAAGGUGUGAUGGGGCUGCUGUGGUCUUCUGAGGCCAACUCUAAAUAACUUUUCUUCAUUUGAAACUUAAAGAAAGAUGAAGCAGAUUUGUAGAAAUGCUGCUGCAGCUGUAGCAGCCAACUUUAUAGACUCAAUUUAAAAUGCUGUUUAUUUAAUAAACCAGGACAAAGUGGAAAUAUUUUCACAUUGCGUCGCAUCACAACUGAAAAAUUCAGCUUAUUUCACUACAGCCUCACUAAGUCAGUAGUUUAUAGAUCUACGUUUUGCUGCAGUUAGAUGAAACAUCUAGAAACUAAUAUUUCUAAUUGUUACAACAUUUAAAGCCUCAUUUAACAAAGUUUAUCCAAAUCUGGUUUUCUGUCACUUUUGCUUGCAAUCGAUUUAAAAAUAAAUGUUCAAAACUUCAAAAGUAAUGCUUGUUGAAAAGGUUGCGAUAAUGAAACUUUUUAUUUAGUCUUAGAAAAAAAUUAUUCCAUUUUGUAAAUGAGCAACUGGUGUUAAAAUUAUUAAUUUGAAGUAAAAAAAAAACAAUUAGAUGUGAAUAAAUGUUACCAGCACCAUCUGUCAAACAUACAGUAUAAUUUUUAUUACACUUUUACAGUUUUUUGCAAACUUUUGUUUUAAAAAGUAAAGAUAAAAGUUCAAUUUUUUUAAUGCUGACUUCAGUAUUGGUGAGUCCUAAACCCUUACUGUAUCAACCUCAACUGUAAAAUAAAAAAAGCCCUAAAACAUCAAUUUUGAACUUUUUUUGAGAAGCUCAGACUCAAUAUUUCAGAUCCAGAUUCCAGUCCUGAACUUGACUGAGUGCAGAUGGUAGAAAGUUUAAAAUUACUGCAUAAUCAACAUAAAUACAUUUCUCACACAUUUAUAACUAAUAAACAUUCAAUGAUGCCCAAAAUCUUUACUGGAUGAAUUUGGUUGUUAACUGUACUUUCAUAUUUCAAACUUUUGACAUUUUUGUUGUAUUUUUGUUACUUCAGAUUAAUAACAUUACUCAGAUUUUGUUCUUCUAAAAUCUUAAAACAAUUUGCAAUGUUAUUCCAGCCAACUAAUUUAAUAUAUUAACAUUUAUGCAUCGUGUUCAUAAGGUAAUAGCAUAUUCAUUAAUGUUUAAUAAACACAUUAUUGUUAGAGAAUACAAUACUCUGUCACUAUUUGAUUACUUACAUUACUUGUCCAUAACUAAUAAUGGUUUAUAAAGUUGUCAUAACUUCAUCAGUAACUGGUUAAUUCUUAUUUAUGAAACAUCUAUAGUUUGGAGUUUCCAUCAGUGCUGAACAGAAAGGGUUGAUACCAUCUGUAGUUGUUUAACCCAAAAAUAAGCAACCUAGUCAAAUUUUGUGCUGUUUGCACCAACACAGUCAAAGUUAUUCAAAUAUAUAUAAAAAAACACAAAGAAACGUCAAGGAGGACAACAAAUAAAGAAGAGCGUGUAGAAAUGUGGCCACAUUUAGAUUUGUUAUGGAUUUUUAAAAAAUGAUUUUACGUUUCAGAUAAAUCCUAGUGAGAAAUUCCCCUUCGACUUCACUUUCUCUUCAUCUCUUCUGCAUAUUUGGCCUUGUUCAUUGACAUUUUCUUUCUGUCACACACUUUUCCCCCUUGUUCUCUCAGGCCUUGUGAGAUCAGUACAAGACACAGGAGAGUGUGAGCUGUGGUGAGCCACAGACCAAAAUAACUGGUACUUUUUUUUUUUAUAAAACACAUGUACAUCCACCCACACAUAAAGUCACACAUGCGUGGCCCGCUUCAGACAGACACUCGCUCUCACAGAAGUUCCUUUUUGCACGACGAUCCCGGGGAGAGACGUGCAGCUGAAGCUGGACGGAAGUGAAACUGUCCACAUGUGGACACCUUGUAGGAUGGAAAGUAAAAGCAAAAGUUUCAUUAGCGCAAGUAUUUUUUCGUAUUCCUUGAGUUUCCCAGAAUUUGGCGAGACACCACCCUCCAUCUGUCUCACUUUCUCACUCGGUCUUUGUCGCCUUCUCUCGUGACAGAUCCUGCAGCCUCCCUGUCAAGCUGGCAUAGUGGCAUCAUUCUAAAACUGGUAUUAGGCAUUUCCUGCUGCGUCCGUUGGCGGGUGUAAGGGUGUGUGUGUGUGUGUGUGCCUGUGUGUCAGCGCGCUCGUGUGUGUGCGUGUGUGUCGGGGCGGAACGCACCUGGUCCACGCAGCUGUGGGGAUCCUAGCAGGGGGGAGACAGAGAAAGAGAGAGAGAUAGAGGAAGGAGAGAAAAAAGGAGGGAUGGGAGGAGAUCAAAAAAUGGGGCCCUGUGUGCUGUAGUGGGGACCCACCAAGUUCAAAAAGAACCAAGAGCAGUGGGAGAAACUGGAGGGUUUUACGGCUGUGGCCGUGAUUUUUACACACCGAGCCAAACGACUAGAUCUGAUAUUUAUAUCUGUAUCGAUCCAGAUACUGAAAAAAAUUCUUUAUCGGGUAUCAAUGUGCCCGAUCCAUAACGGCAGAUCUAGUCAGUCUAAUUCUAUGCUUUAUUCUCUGAGUGACAUCAAGAUUUAUUAUUUAUUUUGUAUUAUAUUCAGAAUUUGCUCUUUCUGAACCAUUUGAAAGGUUUGUUGUGUUUUCACGUUUGACCAAAGUACUCAACCUCUUGUUGUUACAUCGGUUGUUAUAUUCCUAACUACACCGACUGAACAAAUCAAACUUGUGUUGUUUUUCCAUGUUUGACCAAACUUCUGAAGCUACUGGUGUGUUUAAGUGUGCAGUACUGGUGCGGUAAUAUCAAAUACAUUUGUAUUUCAGUAACAUUUUUUCUGUGUUUAAAAAAAAGAAUCAUU